AUGUCUUGUCAGAAGUAUCCUUUGAAUGAUGCUGUUCGUGGCCUGUCGUACAGCGGAUUGAGCCUGGAAGAUACGUUUACGCAGAUCUAUGCCACGGGUGCCUGGGGCAAGGGCUCAGGCGCAGGCAGUUUGCCUGUACACUGUCUGAAGUGGAUAGAAUUUUUGCGGAAGUUCAUCAAGGAGCAUCAGGUUAAGAAGGUUGUCGACCUGGGCUGCGGCGACUGGCAGUUCUCACCGUACAUAUACCACGAUCUUGGAGUAGAUUACGUGGGGUAUGAUGUGGUGCUGCCCGUGAUCGCAGAGAACCGCGCGCGGUGGACAUGUCAAGGAUUUAACUUUGAACAUUUGGAGUUUUCUUCGAAUGUGGAUGAGAUUCAAGAUGGAGAGCUCUACAUACUGAAGGAUGUGCUCCAGCACUGGUCUUCACAGCGAAUCCGCAGCUUUCUCAAAAAGCUCCUUGCAAAGCCCAGCUUGAGGUUUAUCCUAGUGUGCAACUGUGCAGAACCGGAGGACUGGCCGGACGAAGACAUUUUGGAUGGCGGAUGGCGUCCUUUGAGUUCGGCGAAGCCUCCUCUUAACGAGUUCGAUGCGCAGUCCUUGCUCAGAUUCCCAUCCCUUCCCAACCUCAAGGAGGUUUGCAUCAUAUCUCCUGUGCGCAAACGGCACGACUAUCCGCAGAAAGCUGUGGCUGCAUGCACAGGAACAUUUCAAUCUGGUGUCGUGUGCAACUUCGCGGGCCGGCGUGCGAUGCAUCCGGUUCGAAGGCGAAGGUUUGACAUGGUCGUUUGA